CACACAAAUGCACAUUUCGCACCCCCGCACUCGAACGGGCUGCGAUGCAACUGUCACACGUUCUAACGGAAUUUUGGUUGCUUCGAUACUAACGCCUUGAUCCGGAUUUCGUUUCCCAUGGUUGCUGUUUGAUUGAUUGCGACCCAUUUUCAACCGACAAAAAGUGCCUUUGCUUUUGCUGAUUUUAAAAACGCAUAGUUUGUAAGUAAAAAAACCCUUGUAAAAAAUGGCUUCUUGCAGCGGAACAGGUCGUGUAACGGAUCAAAUCAUGGAUUACUAUCUUCGCUACGGUCAGAAUCGAGAUUUGGAAAAGUUUUUGCGGUUACGAGCCAGCACAACCCGAUCGUCCAGUGAUGGAAGUCUGCCAGCGUUCGAUGAGCUGGACCGAAGGUGCAAGGUCGCCGAAAAACUGGGACGAUCUAUGGAAAAUUUGAACAAAUUGCAGCAGGAGGAACAGAACCAGGAACGAAGUAAAUCGCAACAAGAUUUACUAAAUGCUUCCACCGGAAGUGGCAAAUCAGUAAAAAGCAAUAAAAGUGAACCCAAGAACGAGGCACCACCACCAAAGGCAGAAACCGUUGUGGUCAAGGAAUCGAAGGUCGAGAAAAAAUCCGGACGAAGCUUUAAUUUCAACCUUGAAUCAGUUAUCGAAAUAAAGCUUCCUCCGGCACCGGUCGUUAAGCACCCGGAAUUUAUAUUGCCACACUCGAAAGCGCUUCUGGCUCCGGCACCGGUGAUUCACGAGAUCAACUCAACCGCAACGCAAACCCUCCCGGAAGCUCGCUCAGUCGAACAACAAACCGAAGAAGAUCCGAUCAGACCGGUUCUAAAGCCUUCCAAAAAUCCCUCGGGUGCUGCAGUCCCAUCAGGUAGAGUACCGGCUCCGGCACCAUCGAAUACCACCUUUCUUAAUGUCGACGAGACAACGAUCGACACUACUCGAGAUAUCUCGCCGGUCAGCAGCGUUGCUUCCAAUCGACAACGGUUGGAGUGGGAUUCUCUCGGAGAUAUUGGUUACGACUCGAACGAGAAGUUUUACUUCUGUGGGGCGGCCGAUUUGAACGAAACGGAAAAACGAUGUUUGCAAAAAUAUUUUGCCAAGAAAGGUAUAAAUUUAGACGAGAAGAUCGUGGUGGUUAAGAAUCUUCCGAAAAGCGCUAAAACCGCUUCAAACUUAUCGAAAGAAGAUCAACGGAAGGGUGAAAUUAAACAAAGGUGGCAGGAUGUAUACAAAAAGUAUAUCGAAAAGUACCGAAACACUUCGGACAUUUCAUCAAUGAUGAUGAAUCCUGAUGCACAAAGUACACCAAAAAUUACAACGGUUAAAGAAAUGUCCAAGAAAUCUGUUAAGUCAACGCAAACCAGUCUGGUAAAAAACUUAAGCAAAUCAAUGCAGGUCGAGAAAAUUACUACCUCAGAAAAACUCAUAGGAACAGAAUCGCUCGCUUCCUCCUCCAACUCCUCAAAUGAUCAGAACCCUGUUUCCAGAAUUGAGCCAACUCCAUCAAAUCUAGAAAUUGACGAAACCGAAGGUGAGGCAACAAGUUUUCAGUUCUUCACUGCUGCGCCCAUCGAGAAAAGAAACUCAAAAGCUCAAAAAUCCUCAGCAGUAUCCACUAUUAAAACAACUCAACCGGAAACAAGUACCAGUUUUCAAGUUUCCUCGACAAACAGCACCUCGGCCCACGAAUCCUCUACAAACUCGUCCUCGUCCUCAUCGAAAAAACACCAACAGCUGUCCUCGGCAUCCCAUCGACCGUACGACUUCGAUGAAGAGCUGCGUCUAGGCAUGACCCUUUACGGAACCAUCUGCGAAUCGCAGAGUUUACCCGCCAAAGUGAAGCAGAGUUUGAUCGAUAAAAUUUUCCGCAAAAUGAUGCGAAAUGACCCACGGGGUCGAAGUCAGGACCAGCUGCUAGCGGAUGGUAAACUGUUGAAAGGAAUGGACCGAUUAGGCGAACAUCCUAUCAGCGGUAGCAGCAGAAAAAGUAGCCAAGGAAGUUUGCGGCAGGAAUCGAAUAGGAAUAGCACUGUGUCCAGCGGAAAGAUCAUCGAAGAGGUGAUCGUUAACAAGGACGAGGUCAUUGGUUCGAAAGACGACAAUUCGACCGAAAAAGAAGAUGCCCAUUCGCAAAUUGUGGAAGAACCUAGCGUUGCUAGUGAUAAAGCGACCAACCAGAGGUCCCAUAAAUCUGGAUCCUCGGAACUGCCCUCGUCGGGCACAAGUUCAUUGGUUCAUCCACGUCCCCGUCCAAAGCCUCAUCAAGAACAAGGAGAAACAUCAAAGCUUAUGUCCGAUGAUCAGCGGGUCAGUCGUGCGAUGUCCGAAUUUUUAAAGCCAAUCACUCACUCGGAACUUAAUUAUGCUAACCAGCAGGAGCUGCUUCGGAGUUUAGAACGACGCAGACAGGCCGAGAAGCGAAUUGUUGGUCGAGAAACAGUUAGUGCUCCUACUACCCAAUGUUCGGUUGUUUCAUCCGCUAAGGGUGAUAAAAUAUUUGAACUGUUCCGCAAAGAAAAGCAGUCCCAAAUGAUGAAGAUUGAUAAGAAGAUUGAGCAUUUGAAAUCACUGAAAGAGUUGUUACUAGAUGAUCAAAGGGUCGUAGAUGAAAUCGAGGGAGAUAUGCGUACUACUUAUCCGGUGGAAGUAAAGCUCCGGAAGGUUGGAUAUGAAGAGAAGGAAAACAUUUAUGAAAACACUAUUGAAGAUAUGAAACAAAAGAGUCGUAAUAGUGCUCCUGUUUACACAUCAAUCCAGCCGGAAACGCCGAGUGAAAAGACAAAGGAAUCUUCAGGGAGCUCUGCAUGGAACUCUCAUUACCACAUGAAAAAGAUGAUUCAGAACCGCUCGAAACUUGAAACGCCAACAUCCGAUGUGAGUGUGGCCACAUUCAUCAAAAACCGCCAAGAGAAGUUUAUUGAAGUAUAUCAACGUCAAAGAAAACAAAUGUUUGAAGAUCCUGGCCAUUUAUACACCAGACCAUACAGUGGCAGGCAGAGUAAACAUGAUCAUUACAUUCGACCAGAUCCAAAGUAUAAUAUUCAAAACAUUCGAAAGACAAACCUUCCAAGGUCCGAAGUGUUCAUUUCAUCUGAUUCCAUGUCAAUUCCUGCAGCUAACACAUUUUCCAACACAACUACACACCAAUACGAUAUAAAGACCUCGCGGUCGAGUUCCCAAUCAUCUCUCAAUGCCAAACCAGUAGGCACCCAAACUACCGGAUCGAUUUUUCGAACUAAACCUAUUUUCGAAACAGCUAAACCUAAACUGAAAGCAGUAUCUACGGCUGUCCAAGUGCCAUCGGCCGUCGGUUGCCAAUGCGCCUGUGAUUGUCCCUGCCGUGAACGAUCUUCCAUUCCGGCAGCUCAAUCUCAUGCAUCGAGAAAAACUGAGAUAGUUCAUAGUACACAAACCUACAACAAAAGGGAUAAACAGCAACAAGCCAAACCCAGUUCAAUCGCUUACGUCAUCACAUUCCAGGGCGAUUCCAACUCCAAGUCGAAAAAACCAACCAUAUCUACUCACGAAAAGGAUCGGGUCUACCGUGCGGAAUCCACUGACAUCAGCCUGUCAACAGGAAAUUCGAUAAAAGAAUCUCAUCGCGAACAACACGACUCCGAUUCCGAUCUGUUACCCCUGAAGGAGCAACUCCGCCGAAAUCGACCGCAAACGGUAAACCGCAUGAAACAACGACAGCAGUGUAUCAACGAACUCAACAAGCUACGCUCUGAGCGGAACAAACAACGAAAAAAGCUACUGUUGCUCACCUCGGACGAUUCGUUGAAAAGGAACGAUACCAACCGAAAACUUCCACCACCGCCGCUUGCUCAAAGGCGUAUCUUCUCCUCCAAGGACAUCCGCGAAAAUACUCGACGGCAGGUGCGCAACUUACCGGAGGUGCUUCGGAAGAAAGAAUUGGAGAAGGCUAACAAUCUGAAACGAAAGAAUCUUAUUCUGAGAGACAAGUUUAACAAGAACCUGCAAAGGAAGGUUCUCCAUGGACACGUUGAUUUGUCCAACAGUGUGCGGAUAAUGCAGGAUUGAUAACAACAAUGGGUUCCUCGAAUUGGAACCGAUCACGUUAAAACCACCAGCGCAAGUGUGUUGUCAUUAUACCGUUACUUAUUUCUAUUCAAAAAGUUGGUCUUUGAUUCGAUAUCACCAUUUUCAUUUUCACUAUCUUUUUCGGUAGUUCGUGUAUUACCGUCAAAAAUUUAUAACAACGCUUAAAUUACGGAUUGCACUUUAGUAAUAGGGAUAUAUUUUUUUUUAUAUUCUAGGAUGUAUCAUAGUACCACUGAUAAUGAUUGUAAGCGCCAGAUAACACUUCCUCAAGAGGUUCAUAUA